UGCCCUUGAAGGAGGCUACUGUUGAUGCACGCGCCAUUUUAGUUGUGACAAUUUUUCAGUUUGGAUUGGAAGUUGACUUUUUUGCCAAGUUCAUUGUAAUUCAAAUUAUUAGCUUCAAAGGCACUUCAUGGCUGAAAGAAACAAUCCUUUAUCUUCUACAAUGUAGAUGAAUAUUCCACUCGAGAGUUUAUAUCUCUGUUCGUGAAAAGGUCGACAUGUCAAUGUGACUCUUCUCUCUCAGAGAAAGCCUUUUGUUUAUAAUGGCCGAGGCAAAGAAGGACGAAAAACAGCUGCUUAAAGCAGUAUUGCAGUUUCUAAAGAAAACGAACUUGAAGGCAACAGAAGAUGCCUUGAAAUCAGAAGCUGGUAUAGAUGAAGAGGAAUAUAGUUCUGUACGCUCCCUUUCAGCAGUGGAAAAUGUGCCAGACAUAAAUAGCCUUUUAGCAGAGUAUGAAAAUGAGGGUGAUCCUCUCAACUACGCUGAAUAUUACAAAGGCUUACAAGACUUUAUUGGAAGAACUUUGGACAUUCAUAGGCCUGAAAUGUCAUUGGUCUUAUAUCCCCUGUUUGUACAUUUGUACCUUGAAUUGGUUUACAAAGAGUUAGAAGUUGAAGCUAAUGCUUUCUUUGCUAAAUUUGAGCCAUAUCAAGAAGGAUAUCGUCAAGAGGAUUUGAGAAAACUAAAAUGCAUCACAAAAAGAGACCACAUGUUUUGUAGCAAUGAAAUCCUCGAUUUGUUUCGAAGCUCUAAGUAUGUCAUCAGGAUUUCAAGAGAAACAUUUGGAAUGCUAAAGAAAUACCUUCAGGAAAAUCAAAGAGACGUCAUUCUAAACAUAAUCCAGCAGCACUUCCAUCUGGAUGUCUUUGAUGGCCGUCCAAGGAAAAAGCGGAAUCUUGGGGCAGGAACAGGGGGAAUAUCUGGUGAAGCACCGCAGUAUGCAAACAAUGCAAAGGUUUUUUACGGCCUUAUUCACGAUCCUGAAUUGAAUGCCUCUUUGGAAGAGGACAGUGACGAGGAGGAAGACAAAGAAAAACCAAAGAAAAAAAAGUCAAAAAGAGAUGAAGCGAAAAAAAGACAAGCCACAGACCCUCAUGCACCAAAACCAGAGAGGAUUUCUUUUCCGAGUUUGAAGGACAGUGACAAAAGACUAAAACUUGCAAAGUACAAAGAAUUAUUGAAGCGUCUGCAUGUUGGCCCAAACAGCCUUCCAUCCAUUUGCUUCUACACGGUCCUAAACGCAAGUCAAGGACUGAAUGUCAUCGAGUUUAGUGAUGAUUCCAAGAUGCUUGCUGCUGGGUUCGAUGACUCUUCUAUUAAAUUAUGGAGUCUUACGCCUCGAAAAUUGCGAACACUAAAAGCUCCUUAUGAACUAGCAAGGAUUGACAAAGAGGCUGAUGAUGUUUUGGAAAGGAUAAUGAACGAAAGAUCAGCAACGGAGCAAAAAACAUUGCUUGGUCACAGUGGGCCAGUUUAUGGCUUGAGUUUCAACGAAAACAAUUCAUUUCUUGUAUCGUCGUCAGAAGAUGGAACUGUCCGUCUUUGGAGUUUGCACACUUUUACAAAUCUUGUUGUCUAUAAAGGCCACACAUUCCCAGUGUGGAGUGUCAAAUUCUGCCCAAAAGGAUUUUAUUUUGCGUCAGUAUCAGCUGACAGAACAGCUCGUCUUUGGUCGACAGAUUCUCACACACCACUGCGAAUCUUCGCUGGACACUUAGCUGAUUUGAAUGCUAUCGAUUUCCAUCCUAACUGCAACUAUAUCGCAACUGGUUCUUCAGACAGGACAGUUCGUGUGUGGGAUAUUCUUACUGGCAAUUCAGUGCGUCUGUUCACUGGCCAUAAGGGUGCCGUGCAUGCUGUUGCGUUUUCUCCCGAUGGAAAGCAUCUUGUUUCGUCAGGUGUCGAUAAAAGAAUAUUAUUGUGGAACAUAGCAGAUGGUGUUCCAGUAAUCGAUUUAACAGGCCACACGGAGGCAGUAUUUGCCCUUAGCUUCAGCCGGGAUGGUCACGUGCUCGCUUCAGGUGGAGUUGACAAUUGUUUGAAAUUUUGGGAUAUAAAACGCGCUUGUAAAAUGGAGGACGACGAGGAAAUGGACCAGUUCGAAAACAACGAAUCAGCUUUUGAAAUGGCCUCGUUUCUGACCAAAUCAACACCAGUCCACUCAAUUCACUUUACAAGGAAGAACCUCGUUUUAGCAUCUGGACCGUUUGUAUCUUCGCAUUAGAUGAUGGAAAAGAAGAACGAAAAAUUGGAAAAAUUCAAGAUUUUAGGCAAGAACUUCAAUCUAGAAACACCAGAAACGUUUGUUGCAAGGGCAUAGAAAGUAAAAACAGAAUUAUCUCUUGACAAAUAUAUCCUAACUUUUAUGUUAACAUCUUAAAUACUUAUAGCCUUGUUAUGUAAACCAAAUGAGAGAAAAUUGUCGUUUUGUUUGUUAAAAAGCCUAGCGUACCUCCAGCUGAUGGGUUCUUGUCGCAGGUGACAGCAUUGAAGGUUGACACAAAUGUGAUUAAGAGAGGUUUCCCCUGUAUUGUGGAUAGGAAAGCUGGUGCUACAUUCAUUCCAUUUGUAUCCGGGAAUACCUAGAUUGAUUCCGUGAAAGCAGAAUACGAUAACUUUGUAUAUCGUGCCUUAUCUUCAAGUUUCCACUGUGAUUCUACUAGCUUCUUGAUGACCUGGCGUAAUUUUUUUCAAUUUGUUCAACAGAGGGAUUGUUUGAAGCCACCGACAUCAUUAGUUUUGUUGCUACAGUAAAUUUUUGAUGCGAAUUGAUUGGCCUACUUGCUCAUUGCUGCCCGUAUAAGAAACCGCUUUGUUUAAAGUUGCUUCCACCAUUGGUCAAACUUGCAAAAAUUUAUUCAAACUAGAGAUAACACGGAGCAAAAGGACGAUUCAUUCAAUUAUUGAUGUCGAUAGUGACCAUAGUUUGUUUACUUGAUGAUGAAGCAAGAACAAGAUAUUCUCAUUUUAACCUUUUUGAAAACAUAAAAGCUCUUCUGUAUGCAUGUUAGAAAGGUGAAUAAAAAGUAGAAGUAUUUCUCGGGGGUACUCUUAAUUAAGCUCAGCGAAUAAUUUGAUUAUGAUCAUGGAUGCACUCGGGAAAGAGGAGUUGGUUGACGAAGCAGUAAGAAGAUUUGGGUUGUGUUACGAAGAAAUCUUGAUGCCUGUUGAAAUUAUUAGGAUCCAUGACGCGAUACAGCCGGACAAUGAAAUCACACUGAAGCAAGUUGAAGCCGCCUUGAUUCAAGUUGUUGGUGCCGAAUUUUGUGACAAAGCUGAAGUUAUGGAUGUCCUUCAUGAUCUAGAUAGGAGAAACUUUUUAUUAAGAGAUCUUAAAUGGGAGUUUGAGCUACUCGAUUACGAAAGAUGUGGAACUCUUCCACACGAAAGGGCGUGGUUUUUGUUUAGUGCUGUUCGCGGAAAGAACUCAAAAGAUAUAUGGGAUAAAUUUGUGGCAGAAAGACUUGUUCCUGAGAGCAAGAUAUCUUUCGAUGAAUUAUCGCCCCUUUUGUGUGACUUGAUUGACUUGACUGAGAGUGAAGACAGCGCUAGUCAUGCUUAAUCAGUGGUUUACGCUGACAUCACCAGAGCCUUAUCGUAAAAAUCAACCCUCGCAGGGAUCUGAUUCUAAAGGAAAACUUCUAACACUGCGCGUAUUUGCAUUGCAAGAUGACUGGCCGGCCUUUGAAUUUUUAAUAUUCUGCAGAUAGGUUUUAAGGUAUAGUUAAACCAUGCCAUUUCGACACCAUUUAUAUGCAAAAUUUCGCGAGUUAUCUAAAGCUCAAGUCAUUACUGUCGACCAUGCGGUGAUCGACUCGUUUGCAGCUGCAUGUAUCUUCGAAAAGUUCUGUUGUAUAUUAAUGGAAACAAUGUUUGGCAAAAAAGUUUUCGAAUGUCGUCAAUUCUGGUCGUUGAUCCUUAGAUUCUUUCUAGACUAGACAGUAAUUUGUAAUUUAAAAGCCAAGGUUCCUCUCUGCUGUUACUAUCAAUGGUUUCUAACACUUUUUCAUUAUUUUGGCAAUUCAAUUUAUACAAAUAUCAAUUCUAAAAUGUUUAUUAUUUCCAAAUGUUGUACAAAGCAUUAUUCUCACCUAGGACUUGCUGCAUUUUGCAUUUUGCUUUGGAUUUUCUUCCAGUCUAAACGCCAUUCGUUUGUUUUUCGGAAAGUGCUUUAAAAAUUAAGAAAUCUAGCUCAAAUUUCUGGCUGUUGUUCAUUAGCAAAUGUUAAGCCCUGAAAAAUGCUAAAAUAGAACUUUUCUUCUUCACUGUUAUAACAGAAGGACACAUAGGUUUAAAGUCGGCUUACGUAGGUCGAAGCAACAUACGGCUUUUAAGUUUCAGGGGGACGCCAAAUUUGCUAAAUGCCAAUAGCAAGUCACAGUAACUGUCAUUGUUCUAAAUAUCAUCGCAGUAACUGCCAUUGUUGUGAAUAGAGUAGUUGCAGUAGACAAUGUUGUAAAAUAGUAUGAAUUCUUGAUUCCCAGAAGUGCAGAAAAUAUUAUAUACGAUAGGUAAGAGAGUAAGAUUUUUUAUAGGAUUAUGGUGUUUGUUUCUCUGGAAUCUCUUUUCCCCAACAGGAAUUUGACCUUGCUACUAGCUUUACUAAAUUAUCUGAGGUUUGCUAUACUACAAUGUCCAAGAUUCAUAAUCUUUACACUCAAGGCAAUGUAUUUUUCUUUGUUUAUAUAAAGAGGAGGAAAUAGCCUUUGAAAGUUAAAAAAAGGCUUUGGGCUAUCCUGCAUUUAAAUUGAAACUAAUUUUUUAUAAAAAAUUUUCUUUCCCUUUUUGUUUUCCCUGAAAAAUUUUGUGCUCUUUUCUGUUCCUUUUC